AAUGGGCAGACACCUAUAAAUGGGCUUAUGUUGAUGUGAAGGAAGGGACACCUAGGAUUUUCUGCUCUGUCUGCAGGGAGUAUGGCCGGAAGCAUAGAAGAAAUCCUUAUGGGAAUGAGGGCAGCCGAAACAUGCAGAUGAGUGCCCUGGAAGAACACAAUAAUAGUUUGCUUCACAAAGAGGCUCUUCGUCUUCAAAUGGCCUCCAAAGAUAAAAUUGUGGUUGACAAGCCUGUUUAUGUAAAAGUUGCCAUGUCAAAAACGGCUGGAUCAAUUCUUGAAGCUACUCUGAAAAGGGACCCUCAUGAGGUUGAAUUCAUUCAAGCAGUCCAGGAGGCAGUUCAAGCCCUUGAAAGAGUCAUUGCAAAAAACUGUCGUUAUGUUAACAUCAUGGAGCGCUUGUUGGAACCUGAAAGAGUGAUUGUUUUUAGGGUUUCUUGGGUGGAUGAUAGGGGCGUCACACAUGUAAAUCGGGGCUUUAGGGUACAAUAUAACCAGUCAAUGGGUCCAUGUAGGGGCGGUAUUCGUUUUCACCCAUCAAUGAAUUUAAGUGUUGCCAAGUUCCUUGGUUUUGAACAGACUUUGAAGAAUGCCUUAUCACCAUACAAAUUGGGAGGAGCAGCUGGUGGGAGCGAUUUUGAUCCAAAAGCAAAAAGUGAUAAUGAGAUUAUGAGAUUUUGCCAAAGUUUCAUGAGUGAGAUGUAUCGCUACCUGGGGCCUGAUAAGGACCUUCCAUCCGAGGAAAUGGGUGUUGGUACUCGAGAAAUGGGGUAUCUUUUUGGACAGUAUAGACGUCUAGCUGGUCAUUUUCAGGUAAUUCAUACAUUCUCAAAUCAUAACUAUUUGGUAGAAAUAUUAAUAGUUUACUUUUUUCUUAUAUAUUUCCCCCUCUAUGCUUAUCCCUCAGAUCCGAGUUCCUUGAUGCACUUUUUGGAAAACCAUUUAUAUAGUAAACCUUAAAGGCCAAUAGAAAAUUGAAUAGAUAGAGCAAACAAAGAGAUAUGCAUCUUACAUUUGCGAUGCUAGACUAAGCCUUAUUUUCUACAUAUUUGUAAUUUCAUAAUCUCUUUAGUCGUUAGCUUAUUUCCUUUGAAGCACAAUGACGUACAAGUCCAAACAGCAAAAAAUAUCAUU